AUGCCUAAUGACCCUGAGGGCCGCAAAGGUCUCGACUCAUUCCAGCAAUCACGCAUUCCUCAGGCACGCUUCUUUGACCUUGACGCCAUCAAAGAUCAUGAUUCCCCCUAUCCUCAUAUGCUGCCUACCUGUGAGACCUUUUCAGAGGCGAUGGGUGAGCUUGGCAUUCGUCGCGACGACGAGGUGGUGGUUUACGAUACCGCCGAACUGGGCAUCUUCAGUGCACCUCGUGUGGGGUGGACUCUGCGGGUCUUUGGCCACCCCAAUGUGCACAUCCUUGAUAAUUACCGUCUCUGGGUUCGUGAGGGACUUCCGACCGAGAGUGGGGAGCGGCCCCCUGCCGAGAAGACCAAAUACCCCCUCCCUGUCUACGACUCGAAGCUGGUAAUCUCCUUCCGUGAGAUGAAGGAGCUGGCCAUAGACUACGGAAAGGAGGGUGCUGAGGAGGUUGAAAUCCUCGAUGCACGCUCCUAUGGUCGUUGGGCAGGAACCGACCCAGAGCCACGCCCUGGUCUGUCGUCUGGCCAUCUUCCUGGCUCCAAGAGCAUGCCUUUCCAGGAGCUGCUGGACCCCGAGACGAAGACAUAUCGUCCAGCCUCUGAGCUGCGACAGAUCUUCGAGGACCGCAAGGUGGAUGCAUCCCGGACGAUUAUCAGCUCGUGUGGCACCGGUGUGACGGCUUCGAUCAUUGAGACCGCACUGGGUGAGGCAGGGUUCGGAGACCCCAACCUGCGCCGGGUUUAUGAUGGCAGUUGGACCGAAUGGGCCCAACGAGUCAAGGAAUCCGAUGGGCUCAUCAAGAAGGUGAAGCCGUAG